AUGGCCUACUAUGGAAAAUGCAUUGAUGUCGUGAUAGAGCAACUGGACAAGUUUAAGCCUGAGAAGGACAGUCCCGAUCAGUUCCUGGAGGCUGCAUCCUCCUCUCUGCAGGCCCUGAGCCCGCUGAAGCAGGCGUUCGUGAUGGAGGUCCUGUCCGGCUGUCUUGAAUACUGGAAGUUGCUGACCAUCGUGGUAGACGCCUUCUACGUCCGGGAUGGCCGACUCUGCCUCUGGGCUGACUACAGCCUCUUCCAGGUGCUGUGCUACCUGGCCACGUUCCAGCUGGAUGAGCUCGGCUUCCAGCUCUUCUGCAGCAUCAUCAAGUCCCAGCCCWCACGCAAGACCUGCAAGUUCCUCAGGUUCUUUUUCAACCCCUUAAACCUAUGCUCUUGGAUCAAGGACGAAUGGAGCCUCGUCUACGAGACCGCCCAUGUAAAGGAGAACUGGAUCAACCCCCUAAUGAGAUGGCAGCCAGAGAUCCAGGAGCUUCUUGAUCAACUGGAGGGAGUGUCAGCUAGUCAAACUGCUAUCUUCAAGACCAAGGCCAAGGUCACAGAGCCCAAGGAAUUCAACCUGACUACACCCAGGCCCCGGGCCAUUCCGGUACCUGAGCCAGUCCCCACAAUGGCCAAGCCAAGACAAGUCCCUCGGAGUACCUACCAGGAGCCCAAGGAGCAACAGCAGCUGCASAUCAUCAAGAGGCACAACCGCCUGAAGGCCGAGGAGCUGCUGCUGAGGGCGAAUGUGGAGGAACUGCGGUGCGCCAUGCCCAGGGCACGCAGGGCACCGCCUGAGCAGGUAACAGACUCCAAGAAGAAGCUUGGGUGCCCAACCCACAUCCAAAAAUCCCCAAAGCUGACCUUCUACAGGCCUGACAAUAUCCCUAUCAAGUUGAACACUGCUGCCAUCCUGCGAGAAGGGGCCUUGUACCAGAAGCAGGUGGAAAAAGAGCUGCAGAGGGUUGAUAAGCUUGUGGAUGGAGCUGGGGACUUCUCUGAGUUCCUUGAGUGGCAGAAGAAGAUGCAAGCAAAGGACCAGGAGGAGCAGCUGGCUGCAGGCGAGUGCCGGCGGCUACAGGGGAAGCUCAGCCAUGAGGAGGCCAUCCUGGCCCGGCAGAACCUCAUACAGGAAAACAAGCAGAAGGCAGACCAGAAGAAAGAGGAGACAGCUGAGCUGAUGCUGCAGUGUGCCGAGAGGAGGCUCAGAGAGGCCAAGUCCAUGAAGGAGCUGGUGGAACAAGUGACAGAGGCACAGAAGAAUGUCAAAGUGGCUCAGAUGAAGCUUGUGAAGGGCCGACGGCAAAUAGUUCAGGAGGUAAUGGAGGAGAGCCGGGAGAUGCUGCAGCGAAGUUCARAGGCAGCCAGGGAGGAGCAGAGGCGUCGCUGUGAACUCAUCUCGCAGCUGCGUGCACUGGAGACACAGCCCACACGCAAGGGCAAGCUGGUGGACCUGACCCAGAUCCCCGGGUAUGGUGUGGAGGGGGAGAUGUCUGUUGUGGAGCUGCGAGAGCGACUGGCCCUGCUCAGAGACACCCAGAGGCGUGAGGAGGAGGAGAAGCGAGAUCAAAUCAUCCAGGACAAGCGUACCAAGAGCCAGGAGCUACUGAACACAUUGGAGCAGAUCUCACUGUGCCGCAAGGCCAUGGGGAAAACUGCGGCCAUGAGGUGGGAGCAGAAGAAAGCCCAGGCGGUGACSGGCGCGGCCUCCCAAGACGAGCGCGUGCUGGAGCUGCAGCGCAGGAUCGAGGAGAGGGUGGCGGAACGCCGCCGGCAGGCGGCCUCGCUGCACCUGCAGGCGCCGCGGACUGAGCGCCGCCAGUCACGGGCGCAGCUGGAAGCGCAGCACUGGCUGGAGCUGGAGAGGAGCCGCGAGCGUAGGCUGCGGGCCCUGCAGCGCCGGGAUUCGGCGAUCGCACCGGCGCGCCGCCUGGAGGCUGCCUGA